AUGCGAGAGGGGGGUCAUUCUCAGCGUGUCUUUGAAUGUGGUAUUGAGUGUUGGCGCGUAGCCUGCGUGUGCUUGGGCGCAGGGGGAAUUAAUCAAAAAAAGAAAAAAAAGCGGGGAGCGAGCAACGCUCGAAUCGAAGACAAGCAUUGUGUCACAGCAGGCGAAAAACACACCAAGGGAGGGUGCCGUCGAGAAAAAACAAAAACAAAACAAGGCUGCGCGCAAACUCGCCAACGCACAGCCCCUAUCGGAUCGAAAGACCGAGGCUCAGCAUGA